AUAUAUUUUUUUAUUCAGUUUUCUGAAAAUAUGCCAUUAGUCAAACUUCCAGAAUAGAAAAUUUAAAGAAAAUCAACAAUAAAAUCCAGUUUGUGAUAAACAUUUUCCUUUGGAUUCUCUUUCUGUGUCUCUCUAUCUUUCAUCCCAUAGCUUUCUUUCUGGUAAAAGGCCAUGGAUGGGAAUGGAAGAGUUCACCCAGAUUGUCCUAAUGCUGCAAAUCCCUACCAUGAAUGUGGUGGACUCUGCUUAGAGAAGAUUGCUGAAGGCAAAGGACCAAAGGCAAAAGAAACUAAAAAGUCAUUAAGUUCAAAAUUUCUUGAUGCUUCCAGAAGCUUUGGCCGGAGAAAGAAGGGAUCCGACUCUCUGCUGAGAUCCCCUAAAGCACUCGAGACUACCCCUGCAAUAGGUGCAGUUUAUCCUGGUGGCCCUAGGUCACCUCGUUCUCAUUUUUCUAGAAAGAAAAUGGAAGCAGAAAACGGUGAGUCGUAUUCAUCUUCCGAACAGCACUCUGGCGAGAUAUAUUCCCAAGAUCAAUCAUUCGAGAAGGCGCCAAUUGAGUACUCUCAGCCACUACAUAUGUCUGGGAAAAUCACGCCUCCUGCCGAUACACCGACCAAAUUUACACAAACAGAGAAGGUAAAAGAUUCCCCGAAGAUAAGUUCCGAUGCAAAUAUGAACGAUGAGAAAGUAAAUGCCAUUAGCUCGGCUUUUAGUUUCUUAAUCGGCCAAGAUCACGAAGAGAGCGACGAUGAGGCGGAAGAAGUCGAAUCCGUUAUCUCCGAUUCAUGUGUAUCGGUCGGAAAAUACCAUGUCAAAGCAAGCAUCUCCACGAUCCUACAAUCGAUUUUCGAAAAAUACGGAGACAUAGCAGCUAAUUGUCAACUAGAAUCGGCUUCGAUGCGUGCUUAUUACUUAGAAUGCUUGUGUGCCGUAAUUCAAGAGCUACAUUCCAUCCCAUUCAAGCAACUAACUAAAGCAAAAAUAAAGGAAAUGUUCGCCGUUCUCAAAGACGUAGAAUCCGCUCACAUCGACGUUGAUUGGCUUCGUGCUUUACUCAACGAAAUCUCAGAAGCUCUCGAGCUUGUUAAUCAACGUCAAACUUUCGAAGCCAAGAAGACCAAGUACAAUCAGUCUUUAGAGUCGGUAAGGAAAGAGCUAGAGUCGAAAAUGGACGAACUAGCUCAAAAAGAAAAAGAAGCUGCGGAUGCUCGAGAACAAGUGGCGGAAACCAAGGCUCGUUUAGACGAAAUCGAGCACCAGUGUUCGGAAUUGGACAAAACAAUUUCGACCAUAGCGUCGAUUACGGAUAAAUUUCAGGGCAAAUCUUUGGCUGAUGAGAUCUUGUAAUGGUGUUUGCGAAGCAAGACAUUACUUAUGUGGAUGUUUUAUUUAUUUUACCUUACCUUUGAUGCUUGAAAAAUAGUGUCAUGAAAAUUAGGUUUAUAUUGUAGAGCUAAUUUGAUAAUAGGCUUAAAUAUUGUGAGGACAUGUUUUAUUUUGCAUCUUAUCCUAUUAUUAUUUAAAUGUA